UUCAUAUUUUUGAUAAUUUGUAAACAAGUACUCCGUACCGCAAUAAUAAACAAAUAAACAAUGAAAAACAAGAGGUUAAUGCAUCCGCGAAAUAUUUUUCGGACGCCUCCAGACUACACCGCUUUGGCAAUCAAGUACAAAGAUUUUCGCAAAGUUUGUAAACUGGAGCUCAGUGGAAAGGUAUGCAUCGAUUACCGCAAUGAGUUCACCUUACGCGCGCUCACACAAAUGCUAUUGGAAGAAUACUUUCAAUUACGUGUAGAAUUCGCACCCGGAAGUCUCAUACCCACAUUGCCGCUCCGUUUGAACUACAUUCUAUGGUUGGAAGAUUUGCUCACAUCACUUAAGCUUGGAUCAACACAAGAAAUUCGCUGCAUAGAUAUAGGCUGUGGCUCGUCUUGCAUUUAUACUCUGCUGGCGGCACGUAAAAAUUCAUGGCACAUGUAUGCAAUCGAAUCAAACGACACGAAUCUGAAUUAUGCAGAAAAGAACGUAGAAACAAAUAAGCUACAAAAUUUGGUAGAAAUCUUCAAACAGAUUGACAAGCAAGUCGUGCUUACAGAUUUUUUCCGCACCAGACCGGAUAUAACAUUCCACUUUUGCCUCUGCAACCCACCAUUUUAUGAUUCUACGCUACCCAAUCCUUUUCAUGGCAACACAAGAAAUGAGGACAAGCGCACACCACCACAUAAUUGUCACACAGGUAAUGCUGAAGAGUUGGCUUGCGAAGGUGGAGAGGUGCAAUUUGUGCAACGAAUAAUUGAAGAGAGUGAAUUGCAUUCACAACGUGUUUGUGUUUAUACAUCAAUGUUGGGACACAAAAGCAGCGUUGGACGUAUUUUAGAAGUAUUGAAUAAAAAACAAAUCAAGAACUGCUCCACUACAGAAUUUUGCCAGGGUAAUACAACACGCUGGGGCAUAGCUUGGAGUUUUAGCACUGAUUUCAAUCUGAAGUCUAGUACAACACCAAAUGGAUGAACAAAAAAAAAAUAAAUAAAACGUGUUGGAAGUUUAGUUAUUUCCGAAACGGCUAAGAAAUAAUGAGAAAAUGUAAUUGAAUUAAAAUUUAAUGGAGGAGAAUAAAUAUGCUGGAAUUCUUAUUUCCGUGUGCCAAUCCCGAUUUCUCCAAAUGCAA